AACUUCGGGGUCUAGGUCUGACGUUGCGGAUCUGCCGGGGAGCCGGGACUAUAUAAGUUACAUGAUAUCCACCCUCCCCCGGUCCGCAUCAUUGCUCGGACCUGGCCACGGCAUCCUUCGUCUUCUUGGAUUUUUGACAGGUCAUAGGGCCCCCACCUAUUGAUGUUGGGCAGCACGUUGCCGGUCCUUGAUGUCUCUCCAUCUCUUCCUUCUUAUUAUCAUCUCAUCGGUACGGCUCUUGUAACUCAACUCUCCCGCUUACACAUCGAUCUCAGCCCAUCACUAGAUUUAUAUGCACCCACCAAUCUCAUUGUGAGGUUGAAGAUGGUGCCAAUGCCUGAAAAGACCAAGGGUAAAGGAAAGGAUGUUGGAACGUCGGAGGAAUCAGUUGGUGCUGGUGAUAUAGGCCACAAUGGGCAGACCGGGGGCGGGGACGAUCUGCUUACCCGCAUCGCCAAGUCAGCAACAUCACUACCUUCAGCUUUGUUCUCCAAAGGUAACAUGACCGGCGCAGUUUCGGGACUAGGCAACGGCGAGAAGGGAGAAGGCUCACGAGCGGCGGCAACAGUGGCAAGGGCCACGGGAAAUCUCGAGCGCGUGGGUGAGAGUUCUGCCCCGCUUCAUUCUGCCUCUCAUGGCGGCGAGACCAUCAGGUCAGCCCAGAUUCAGGGACAUGUUGCGAUGCAAGAGGCUUCUUUCGCCGCCUUUCUUGACACCACCGAGCCUCUUACGGCGCCCGAAGGAGCAGGUGUAUUGGAAGGGGCGUGGAAUAUGAGAGGCAAUGUUCCGAGUUCGACAGUACCAGCAACAAACAACCAAUGGACUCAUUCUUUUCCGGCAUCCACUGUCGCCGAACAGGAAGCGCGCGAUGGCCAGGAAGUUGUAGCAUUGCUCCGGGGUGAUCUGAAUCUGGAUGCAGAGCUCGCAGGGCCGGAGGAGAAUACAAUAUUGCCCGAUGACAUGGCCAGCUUGCGCAAGGCUUUAUUCGGGAACGACGAUCCCGGCAGCAGCUCAUCACCUAUUGCGUGGGAUCAUGCGCUCAACUUCAUCCCACUUUCCCUGCUGGGGUUCGACAGUGUUUCGACGGCGCCAAGUACGAGAGAUUUGUUGGGUACGGCCGACGUGACUGAGGGCUGGGAGACAUGGAUUGAUCAGUGGUCUCGCGUGUUAACCGGCUAUCACGACGAGAUUUGGGGUGACCUGGGCGCACUGGUGGAGGAAGCGAAGAAGGAGGUAAAACAGCUAGAAGAAGUCGAGCCAGGCGAAAGACCACCGGAGCCAACAGCUCUCUUACGGCUUCGCGCCAUCCUCGGACAUUUGCGGGGAGCAUAGCGAGGCUCGGCGGCAUCCGGACAAUAGUUACGACCCCGUUCAACAGCAGUCCCAGCUCAGCGGCCACGGGCACGUGGAUUGUGUGUUUUCGCACGGGCACUGAAAUAACUGAAGCUCCGUCGUGUACUCGCCAUCUCGGCUGCUGGGAGUUGAAGUAGUCGGCAUCACGGAGAAGAACAGCAAGCAUCAAAACUUCAUAAGGGAUGCUGCACUCCUGAUCGCUGCUGUAAAAACCUCUCGAAGCCUUAUGCUAAUUGGCAUGGGUGACAGGCAGGUCAUGGGUUGUAUCAUGGACUGUAUGUAUCUUACACACCUGCUGGGCUACCCCGUGUUGUAUAUGCUGUGGUAGCGGUGCUAAAUUGCUGAGCUGAUGCGGCCAACAAAUGGCAUCACUGAACGUUCUACAGGCGGUGGAGGGAGAUGGUGAAGCUAUCGUCUACUGCAUUGUAGAUCAAUAAUUCUGCGCACCCUUUUACACAUGUCAGAGAAUGAAUGCCUUUUAAAGAGGAAUAUGUUGUUAUCCAAUACCUGAGGGUUGGCCUCUAGGGCAGACAGUGCACACUCAAUGUCAUAUUCCUACCCUUGUAUCAUAUCUUUGCGCAAUCCUUGCUUACUUCAAUCGGUGGGAGGAAGGUUAGCUUACACAAUCGUAUAGCAUGUAUCAAGGACACAGCAUUGAUCAACAUCGUCCUACUACAAUUAAAUUCUUUUUUCUU